CUGAACUCACAAGUUCAUUAUCUCACUAUCACUUUGUCUAAACAGGAACGAUGAUCACACUCUUUGUCGCGCUUUACUCUCUUUUUUCUCUCUGCACAGCUGUAAAAACUUCUGACAUCAAGGAGCUUCAUGUGAAAACAGUAAAGCGUGGAGAAAAUGUAACUAUGGAGUGUAGCAUGAGCAAGGUCGAAAAAAAUGUACUUUUGUACAAAUACAGUUUUGGAAAAGUGCCUCAGUAUUUUGUAAGACGUUACGGGCAAAGUUACACAGUUGUUGAUGAAUUUAAAGAUAGCCGCUUCAGUAUUACUGAAAAUUACCAAAAGUUUUAUCUCAGUAUUAUCGGAACGAGAGAAGAUGAUGCAGGAGACUAUUUCUGUGGAGAAGUGGAGGUAACUGCACUAAAGUUCACAUCUGGAACACGUCUGCAAUUUGAAGGUGAAGAGAUGAAACACUGUCCUACACCUGGAACGGUUAACAUCAACACAGAUUCUGUUACACGGUCCAAUGAGGGUUCAAAGUGCAGUGAUGGAGAAGGAGACACCUUUUGGAUUAUUGUCUUAACGACCUCCAUUAUAAUAUCUGUUAUUGUAAUCGUGUUUCUGCUUGGAGUUUUAUAUAAAAAUCAGAGAAAAGGUGCUUCAUCAAGAAACCAUCAAACUCCCACCAAUCAGGCUGAUGAUGAAGAUGUCUUGAACUAUGCAGCUGUGAGUUUUGCUAAGAAACCUUCAUCCUCCAGAACAUCCAGAGACAAGAGCCAUGAAGACGUUUAUGCACAAGUUAAAAUAAAAUAGAUAAAGACAAAUGACUUCAGACUUGAAACACAACCAAAAUGUAAGUUUUUUUUGCCGUUUCCAUGGUGACUCCUAACAUUAUUCAUCUACUGAUUUGCUUCACUUGAUGGAUGAAGCUUUAAAAAAUAUUUCUGAUCAAAAUCCUACAUCCUGCUGUUUUUUUCUUUCUUGAAUGAAAGUCUUAUAUUUGGGAUUUUUUCUCAGCAUUUUCUCUUGCACAUGAUUUCUAGAAUGUAAAAGAACAUUUUGUUUGAUUCUGAAGGUUAAAGUAUUAAAGAACGGCUCAUGGUUCACA